UACCAGAGCUCUGCGUCUCUCAUGCUGGUGCGUAGUCAUCGCUGCAUUCAGCCGACUUCUCCUUUUCACUUGAAUGUGUUUCUUAUCUUCUCCAGGGCUGAGGUCACCCUUUGUGUCAGGAGGAGCCUGUUCCUGUUGCUUUUUCCAUCCUGGCAAGAAAAAAAGCAGAGAUUCUAAAAAGCAGCAAUUAUCACUCCUGGUUCCUUUGUACAGCGCCCUGUAAGUAACUUAUUUGGAUUUGAGGGGUCAGAGACUGAAAAACAUAUUGAAUCUCACUGUAACUGGGACUUGAAUGCAGCGGGGAGAGAGAAAGGUGUCUUUGAAAUCAGACACGGUUUUGAGCCACCGGAGAACACAAGUGCAAGUGCUGGAGACAGCUGGACAGCAGCGAGGAGGCGUAUUUUUAUGGCGCCUAAAGGUCACCGUUGAGGUUCCCACACGCACAUCUUGCGCGCUGUGUGGCUGGGGUUUGGGAACGACUAGGUCUGGAGCUGGAGAACUCGGAGAGAGGUCACAGCCAAGGCUUGCGAGCCGAAGCCACACGAUUCCGCGUACCAUGCGGCACUCCGGAAUCCCUACAAGGCCUCAGCAGCAGGUGUCUGCUGCCCACCACGCGGAAACAGCCAUCCGCCGGACUUUUCAGAUCAAAACGUUUAGCACUGAGUUGAAAAACCAUGUGAUGGUCAUGGAUUUCGUGAAGAGGAACUGGUUUCCCUCCCAGAGAAGAGCCAAAGUUUGUAUCAUCCAUAUGUAUCAAGGCCUGAAGACAGCUGAGCAGACAGCCAGCAGAUACGAGAUCCAGAGUCGGCUCUUCUCAUCCCCCAAAGAUCACCCUGCCUGGGAAAGAAACGAGAGCCUUCCAGACUCAGGAUUGCCGGACAACCAGUACAGAACUCAUGGUCAAAUUGCCCUUAAAAAUCUCCAGUCUGAUGUUACAGAGAAGAAAUCUGACUUCACCGAGGGGACUCUGGCAUCGCAGAACACAAAGAUGAUUUCAUCCAUAGUCAUUUCACAGCUGAUUGAUGGGAAAAAAUCAAGAGAGAACGGGGCCGUGCUGCCGGUGCCGCCAGCAUGUCCCAUGAAGCCGCCUCUGGCUAAUCGCAGCGCAGGCACCAUUCACAGGGCAUUUGCGUUCCUUCCCGGGAGACUGGGAAUUCAGACACGGCUUGGGGAGCGAGGACCUGUGACGGGCCUGCCGCCCAAAGAGGAGAAGCCGCCGUGCAGUGGCUCCCCGAAGGGGUUUGCCUCCAUCACCAUCACGGCCAGGAGGGUGGUCCCCCCGGCCAGCACCCUGGUGUGGCAGGCCGUUGAGGACCCACUCUGCAUCAGAUGCAGGGCCCAGGACACUCUGCUCGGGGACCCCCCUGCUCUGGCCAGUGGUGCCGAUCCAAGUCAACACCACGGACCUUUCACUUGCGCAGGAUUCUCCAGAAACAGCGCUGUGAUGAGGCUGAAGGUCCCUGAGGCCCACGCAGGGCUGUGUGCGGGCCACGAGUACUGGAUCACCAAUGUGGACAACAGAGGGGGCAGCUUUCCUCCUGGCACCCUGCGGUCUGGAAAAAGCCCCCCGGUGUUCAGCUCCUGUGUCCAUCUCAGAGUGUCUCAGCAGUGUCCAAACUCCAUCUACUACCUGGACAGGUCCCUCUCUGUCCCCAUUGAGCCACCUCGACUUGCUGGCCCGAAAAUGCACAGAUCCGUCCUGUCCCUCAGCCUCAGCUGCAGUUCACACACAUUGACACCAGAUGGAGCAGCUGGCACAGUGAACGCCGAGCCAAUGAGCAGAGCCCUGAAGCCGGAGCUCACGGAGGGAAGCCAGACCCUCCCAGGCCCCAGCUGGAACCUGGGUUUGCAAGGUUUUUUGAAGGAAAACCCAUCAUUGGGGCGGGUGCAUUCGGGAACCAUGAGGACCGGCCCAUGUCCUUGGAGGGGCUUUCUUCCGUUGGAAACCCCAGAAUUCGCAGAUGCAGAAACUAACCAGGUCACUGGAAGAAAAGGGCAGGAGGACCAGGCAGCUCGUUGUCACAUCAGCGGUCACGCCAACCAGCUGUCCAUUCACAUCCCCGGCUGGAGUUACACGGCAGAAAAUCUGGAAAAUGAAAUGCCUUCGUUGCAGCCAUAUGACUCCCAUUAGCCUUAAUGGGAGAAAGGCAUCUUCAGAAGGAAAGGAGUUAUCCCCGAGCGUGUAAAUCACAGCAGGCCGUAGCCACGGCCACGGCCAGGACUCUCUGCAGCGCACUUCAUCAGCUGUGUCCUUGAGGUGGGUUUAUCCAAGUCUGGCUCCACUCAUGAUGAGUUGGGACUGAACCAUCAGGGUCUCUUGGGGGCUCAGCACCCAGAGACCUCUUCUCUGGCCCACCCCAAACCCUCCAGCUCUGGGCAGCGGGUGAUCUGCUGUGCUUAUUGGAAACCCCAUGCCUUGAUUGAACCCUCUUCUCACUACAAUCUCUUCCCCGAUUCCAGGGCAUACCUAUGUGACCUAGACCUUGUCCCACUGAGACUGGACUUUUCCAAGAAAUUCUGUUUCUAUGUGUAGGUUGACUGUGUUUGAUGCCCACAGGGGCCUGGGGUGGGGUGGAGGUUUGGCAUGAAGCUCGCGGUAUGCUCCUCGCCCCUUUCCCCACCCCAGUGCGGAGACUUGCAUUCCUCUACAUCUGACCAAAGUGGUCAGGGUACCUUUGAAGGUGAGAAGGGUGAAAGAAAAGAUGCAGAAGAGGCGGGGCUGGUGUUUGCCCCCUUCAGGCUCACGGUGUUUGCACUGGAAGUUCACCAAGGGCCUCUGAUCUUCUCCAGCUCCUGCAGGUGGCUCUACGCCUUUCUCUCUUGCUUGUUCCCCGGCAGAAAAGCCCCUGCAUGAUUCAGGGCAGGGGCCUGGCACAGUCAUGGGACAGCACAAGGUCACUGGAGCUGGAGAGCAGAGUCCCCUCCCCCAGAGCUCCCGCAGGGCCGGGAGGAUGGCUCGGUUUGUCCCACGCAAAGGACCGUGCCCAUCCCACUAUAUAAGGUGGCCACAGAACCUGACCCGCGUUGACCUUCACUGGCCUUCAUCCAGUCAAUUUGGCAACAUGGGCAGGAAAGAGACUUUGGGCGUGGGGUUGGAACAAAGAAUGAACAAACUGUCUUCAUUCUCUGUGCCUCCUUGGGUAUGUAUUUUUUAUUAGAUUUGAAAGAAAGGACAAAGUCUAACCAUAUCACUUAAGGGUCAUAUUUUUAAGUCUGUCCUUUAGAUAUGGACCACUUUAAGGCUGGGCAAACUAUAACAAAGGCUCACCUUUGCCCAGUGCAUUACAGUUUUUAAGUUUUCACAUUGUCCCAUAUCCUUCUCACAGAGUAGGAUGAUUACUAUCCCAUUGUAUAGAUGAGAAACUUGAGGCCAGCUGGCGGGCUGACCGGUGCACCAUCACUGGUCAAUGGGAGGCAGAACCAGGAGGGAGUAGACCCCAGAUCUCCAAAUGUGUAUUCCUGAUUCUUUCCAUCCUGUGUGUUCUGAAUGUCUUCCAUCUUUCUGAGAGGAUGUCUUGGGCACAAACUUGGCAUCCUGGGGAGGCCUGUGCCCCACCCUCUCUGAGGGAUGGAGCAGGUACCGAGUCAAUGGAGCUGACCUUGCGGGAUUCCAAGUAGCUGAUGUCCCCAUCUCUGCUGUCCAGGAAAUUGGGGGACACUGUAAACCAUGCUGAGAUGCAUCAGGAUGUUUUAAUAAAUGUGGUGCAGGAUUUUACAAACCUGUUUAUGCCAUUUCUGGUUAAUCAACAAAUACAGAGACAGUGAGUCAUGGUACAGAGUUAUCGAGAAGUGACUUUCAGUUGUCUGAAAACUGUUCUCUGUGAAGUUUUUUUUUAACCUAUCACAAACGACCACUUUCAAAAACGUUUAAGUUUGAACUAACUGUGGACUUACAGACACGGAGCACAAAUGGCACAGUUUCCUUGUGUCUUUCACCUGCUUCCCUGGAUGCGAACAUGUCUGAUGUUAACUGGGACCAUUUUAAGAGGUGUUUUCUUAAACAAAUCAACAAGCACCAAUGCAACCUGAAAACUGCCUGCCUGGAGACUCCGCGUUUUAAAGGGCACUGUACUCGCCCUGCAGCUUGGACCAAAAGAUUCCUUUGAAAGGCAUCAAGGAGAAACAGUAGCUCCAAGGACAACAGGAGCUGGACAGAACCAGAGGGUGGAAACCAGGCGAACUGCCUUUCUAAGAGAACUUUUAGAAAACUUGAUAGGGGUGUUUAGAAGUUUAAAAGCCCAAUGAAAACCAAUCAACUGUCUUUUUUUUCCUCAGUGCUUUGAAAUCAAGAAUCCAGAUAUUCUGCCCAAAAAAAAGAAAAAAAAAAAAAAAGACGAGGGUUUUGGUAUAGGGGGAACAGUGCCCAUCCUAUAGUCACUCUGUAUAAUUCACUGCCAGUGGUGCACGUUUAUAUAAAAGAACACUCAGCUGUAUUAACUGAACAUUUAAAAAUGUCAGAAGGAAGUUAUUUCCUCUCCUGGCCAAUAUGAGUCUGAAUAAAAGUACACAGGGGUCUCUCCUUUCCCCAGAGUCGUGUAUUAGAUAUUGGUUCAGAAGGAGCUUGUAAUUUUUUGUGAUUUUUGCCUUUUCCACUUUGCUCCAAAAUGAUGAUUUUUUUUUCAGUAAAGAUAGUGAUAAGUUUAUUUUUUGCAAAGAAAUCCCUCCCCUCUUUAGGGUGUAAGCGAAAUUCUUCUAUUAGACACAAAUAUUCACUGCAGCAUUUAAGAAACAGUUGAACGUCUUUCCGUUUUCCUAUGCCGAAGUUGCCUCUUAGGGCAAGCCCAUAAAAUAAAUAUGCUGUUUUUUAUGACGAGAAAUAAGUGAGGAAGUAAGUCUACGUGAAACGGGAGGGAUUGGAAAGUGAGCGUUUAUCGGGUACAGUGCUACCUGUUUAUUUCACUGGGCGAUGAUGGUCAUUUGGGGAGGGACCAGGGAAUGAGAGGACAUGAAAUAUACAAGCCUAGUAGUUUCGGGAGAUGGAGGCAGAGAAAACCAGCUCCUGUCAAGGGUCUCACCCUUUGCGUUCGGACUGGACUGCGACUUGGUCAGCCCGGAUUCACGCUCUUUUAGCCGCUUGACUCACUCGGCUUAGCUUUUUUCAUGUGGCAUGUGCUUCGCUGCAGAGGCCCUGGGCAGUCUCUCCAGUUCUGAUAUUCAAAAGUAGUUCUUCAAAGGGGGCAGCAUUCUUAGAAGCACACAGCGCCACAUGUUCCCCGCUGAGUUUGGGAUGACAUGAUUGAGGUUUGAAAAAAGCGUCUGGGAAAACCAGAAAACUGUUGUCAGCCAGGCAAGGAAGUGCUUCCAGCGGUCCCCACCGUGCUGAGAAGGGGAACCCGGGGCCUUUUCCACGGGAAUCCCACAGCCCUGGAAUUCACUUCCUUUCCUGACAUGGAACCCUCUGAGGUAUUUUUAUCUUCCCCAAAUGGGGUUUCCAGAUCCUGUCAUGGAAACGAGGGUCUGACUGGGGUGGGAGGGAGGAAGCCGACUGACCUGGAAAGGCAGGAAGUGGAGGUAUUGUGUGUCAGGCAAGCCCGUCUCCUUCCUGGCCGAAGCCCCCCAAAGCACUGAAAUAGGGGACUCCGGACAGUCAGAGCCCUGAAAACACACGUGGAAGUUGACUGUGUCCCGGAAAACAUUUUGAGAAAGGGAAUUCUGAGAUCAGAGCCCUCAGCGGUAUUGUAAAAUCCCUAAUUUUGUAACUCACUCUUUAGGCCCAGUCUUUGAUCCUUUUAAGCACUUCAGAUCGGCUCUUUAAUUUUGUUCAUUUCCUUCACAACUCAGCACGAAAUCAACCAGCUCCUGGCUGGCGUCCAGGGGCGCGAGUACAGCUGAAAGGCCGGCUGCUUCCAACACCUGAUGAUUCUCAUUUCAGCCGAACUGUGUCCAGUGAGUCCCAAGCAGAGUCCUGUGCCCGUUUUCUACUCAUUUUUGUAAAGAAGGGGGAGAUGCAGUAUAUACUGAAAUCACUGCCAGAAGGCAAGCAGGCCGCGCGAGAGCGGCAGCCCUGCUGGGGCCGGAGGCAGCAUCGCAACUUGCUAACGUUCAGCGCCCAAGUGCAGACGCUGCCGUAGGGUGUCGUUCACAAAUGUGGGAACAGCAAGGUCUGCCUGUGGCUGGAUCUCCCGGGGUUUACGCCAGACCCGUCCAAGGGGAUUAAGGCCUUCAUCUGUCCUUAAUCUGCUCUGGACGAGUCCUCUCUCGCUGGUUUGGCUGGAGGCCACCCUAAGCUGCCUGCAAGUGUUAGUAUCAUUAGAGAUACUAACACGUUUUGUGUUUUGCUGCCCUUUGGCUUUCAAAAGGGCCUUUUCUACAUCGUUUUGACGUGUUCCUUAACUUGGAAACCCUGCUGGUUUCUGUCAGUCAGCUCCCACACAUCGGAUUCAUUCUUGGUUUGGUCAUUUGAAUUUCUCAGGGCAGGAGGCAACACCCUCAGUUCAGCACCGGAUCUGCGCCUGGUUUGUCCAAGUGAAGUCUGUCUGUUCUGUGUAGGGCUGUCAUUCCCGGGGCGCCCGACCCGCCGCCCUUAGAUCUGUGCCUUUUGCCCUUGGCUUGUUUACUGACAGAGGACAAGAGCCAGCCAGCCAGUGUCACAGGCGAGGUGUGUGGACCAUCUUGUGAGCCCACGAGAGUGGGUUCCUAGUGGUGGGAUUUCUGGGCUGAAAGGUGGGCUCACCUGCAGCCCUGCCGGGCAUUGCCCAUGUUCCCUUCGCUUGCAAGCUGCACUGAAUAUCUUUUUCUUUUAAGGAGCAAGUUAAGUCCAUUUGCAUUCAUUGGAAUGACUGAUGUUUGGUGCCAACUUUGUCAUAAUUUUGUAAUUUGUAUUUUGUUCUGUUUGCUAACUGUCAUCUCUAAGAUAUGUAGUCAUUGCUUUUCAUUUAUAAUGUUUUUUCUGGUUUUUAAGAAGAUUUGUAUCUUUGUUCUAGUGGUUACAUUUACACUUGUACCUUUUUGAACGUCCUUAGUGCCUGGUCUGAGCAUAGCUGAAGGGGUAGGAGCGGCUGGGAAACCAGAAGUCUAACCUGGGAAUCUUUAAAACUUCUUUCACAGUCUUCAUCCCCUUAGAGGUCCACGGCAGGACUGUGCGUCCCUCCGCUUUGACCAAUGAAACUGACUUUGGCCAUUGAAACUGAGCGAUUCAAGGGCUUGGGAGUGGAAGCCCUGAUGGGCCAGUGCAGACAGUCUGUGCCCUUCCUCCCACCCUCAGGGGUGCAGAAGCAGAGGGCCAGGUGGAGCCGCCCUCAGCCUCUGGAGGGCUGUGACGAGCAGGGACCCUGGGGUGACUCUGGGCGUGCAGUCUGUGCCGUGCCCUCCUGGGAAGGGGCUCCAAGGCAGAUUCUGGUUUCGGAGUUAGAGGUGAGGUCUGAGGCCCUGCCUUUAACAAGGUCCCAGGUGUUGGCGCUGGCGUUUGUGGACCACAUUUUUCAUAGCAAGGUGCUGAGUCACAAAACUUUGUUUUUGUUUUUGUUUCUUCACUGCAUUAUAACCUAGUAGGUCUCAAAAGUGUGGUUCCUGGAAUAGCAGCCUAGUACCCACCCACCACCACCCCGGGAACUCAGACAUGCCCGUUUCGGGCCCUGCUUCGUGUCUCCCGAGUUGGAGAUGCUGAAGCUGGGCCAUCCUGGAUUCUGGGUUUAACAAGGCACCCCCUGUGACUCAGACCUGUUUUGCCGCUAAC